CGUCAAGUGUUCCAUCGAGACGAGUACUCGACGUUUUCCGCCAGCAGUCAAGUGAGAAUCCGGGUCGGAUAUCUUGGUGGACAGCUCUACGUGCUCAUCGAUUGAUCGAGACCGAGAAAUCGAAGAAACCUUCCCUUAGUAUUCGGAAGUCUCGUCUGUGGUGUUUCUGGAUCCUCGGAACAGACAAUAUCACCAUGAAGACCGUCAUCGUCCUGUGCUCGAUCCUCUCGGUGGCUCUCGCGAGCCCUUAUAAGCUGUGCAGUCCCGCUGCAGGUGAAAUCACCUCCGUCGAUAUCAAGGAUUGCAGUAACGAUGUGAGUUCAUGCAUCCUGCAUAAGGGAACCGAUGCCUCGAUCGCAAUCAACUUCAAGUCACCGGUUGAUGCCGCGAGCGUCACUGUGAAAGCCUUCGGAAUCAUCGGUGGGAUCCCUCUCCCCUACCCGCUCAACAAUAGCGAUGCCUGCAAGGAUUCCGGAAUUACGUGUCCCGUCAAAGCCGAAACUGGAGUCGCCUACACACAGAGCUUCAAGGUCGAGAAGUUCUACCCUUCAAUAGGUCUCAAUGUAAAAUGGACACUCGUCAAUGAGAGUGGGAAACAGUUGCUCUGUGUCAUGAUUCCCGUGAAAAUUGAAUAAUUGCGACUGCUCCGAUCGGUCGAUGUAAACCGCGAA